UCCCCGGAAGUAGUUAGUGUUCAGCAACAGUUAGCCGUGUCGUUGCUCUAUGUUGAUGUGAUUUCACGACUCUUAAAAAAGAAAAUGUCGCAGCAAACAAUCACGGUGACAGUUGCGUGUGGAUCAGUUAAGCACAGCGUCACAUUAACGGGUCAUGAUGAUGGGAAUGGUCCGACUGUCAAAGACCUGUCAGAUGCGCUGUGUCAAUCCACUGGAGUUCCAUCAGGAUCACAGAAAAUCAUUUUCAAAGGAAAGUCACUGAAGGAUAUGGAGGAGAGUUUAUCCAGCUGUGGGGUAAAAGACGGCUGCAAGCUCAUGAUGAUUGGAAAGCGGAACAGUCCUGAGGAAGAAGCUGAACUAAAGAAGCUGAAAGACAUUGAGAAAACCAUUGAACUGACAGCUAAAAAACUGGAAAAAGUAGAUGGGGAGUUGACAGGACUUAAGAAUGGUUUCCUGGCUAAAGACCUUCAGGCAGAAGCACUGGGCAAACUGGACCACAGAGUGAAAAUAGCAGCUGAGCAGUUCAUGAAGAUUCUGGAAGAGAUAGAUGCUAUAAGUAUCCCAGAAAACUUCAGUGAUUGCAAAAUUAAGAAAAAGGGACUUGUAAAAACAGUGCAGGGUUUUCUGGCCCAGUGCGACAAGACCGAGGCUUGCAUAUCAGACCACCUAUCAAAGAUCCAGUCGAAAAACCUCGCCCUGGCGGACUAGAGAUGCGAAUCCUCGCUUAUUAUUGCUCUGUGAGCAACUGGAACAUGAACAGAAAGCUCCUGAGUGUGGAGCAGAAACAUGUUUAUUUAUUGUUGGAGUGAUGUGUAUUAGAAAUCCCUCAUCACAGGUAAUCCUGUGAAACGUCAAAUGCAGAUUAACAACACUGAUACUCAUUACAACACUUGGAUAAAUUGAGGUGCUUUUUGAUGUAUUUUUAAACGCAGACAUGUUUAAAUAUAAAUCUGUGGGAAAAUUAUAUACUGUUGAUCCAGCAUCCAGAAGCAGUGAUUAGUUGAAAUAAAUAACACUGCCAAAUAUCUGCAAUUAUCCAUGAAGGUAUCAGAAACUUGAUGGCACAGUGUCUCAGAAACCUUACAACACAGGAAUCCUGAUUUUCCUGAUUGGGAUGUGCCAUCUUUGUUGUUUAUGCAUACAGAGGUAUUGUCUGGCCAAAUAUGGCCAAAAGUAUGUGGACACAAAAAGCUUAAUUUUUUUAUAUCCAAAAUAACCUUAAAUUUGCUGUGAGAUUUGUGGAAAAAUUACAAUGAAUUAAUCGAGAAAAUAAAACCAAAGAGACUGUUCACAUACUUGUGGUCAUAUAUUUCUACUUUUCCAUCUACGUUGUGUAAAAUUCAACACCAAACUUUUUUUUUUUAUCCAGUGAUUAAUCCCAUGUGUAUCUUAACUAUCAACUAUCUCAAAGAGAAAAACAUCUUUGUUUUGAAAAUAAACCUUUUUGAAAUA